CAAGUGUUCUUUUUAUGGAAUGCUUCCGCAAUUACCCACAAAGAUUUAACCUUCUUUGAUUCAAAUUCAUGGUUUCUAAUAUGUAUUUUCCCCUCCAAUUUCACUGUCACCAUCCACCCUUCUCUUCCAUGGAGUGAAGAAACUGUACCAUAAAAGCUACAGCCUUUUUUUUUUUUUUCUUGUAUACAGUCAGAAGAGAUUGAUUGGAGUAAAUUGGAACCCGCAAAAAAUCAGUCUAACCCUCUCAUUAAAGGUACAAACUUUUAUUCAGUUUCACAUUAUUGAUUCCUAGAUCUCAAUCUAUCUCUCUGCAGCUCUAUCAUGGGGGAAAAAGAAGCAUCUUCAAGAACAACACCUUGGCUUGUUUUUCCAUAUGGAAAAAGGUAAGAAGAAUCAAGCCCUUUAUAAUAUCUGUGAACCAAAUAACACAAAUUGUAGAAAAAUCAUUCCUGAGUUGAGUAGGAAAACCUUUUGGCAGAAACCUUGUCAUAAAGGUUGGUUAGUUAUUCUAUGUGAUGAAGACGAUGAUGAUGUCGAUGGCGAUGUUAAUCAGUCUUCAAAUAUCCAAAAUAGGAAUUAUGGGGAUUGUUUUUUGUGGAAUCCGGUAACAUUAGAGACAAUUCAGUUACCAAAUUUAGUCUAGUGGAUUAAUAAACCGGAUGAAUAUCAUCUGCUUGAUUGUGUUUUGUCAUCACCUCCUGUAGGAAUUCAUAAAGGUGAUGAUAAUCCUGUAGUUUUAUUUCUUUUCACCCAAGAAGAUGAAAGGUUCGAUCAUGUGUUCGUAUUUUGCCACCCUGGAGACAAGCGGUGGAGAACCCAAUUGUUGUCUCGAGAUAUCACAAAUAUAAAUCAAAUUGUGUCCCUCCAAUGUUUCCAAGGUAAGUUGUAUGCUAUCGGUGUUGGCGAGGAACACCUAGAGAUACACCUCCUUAGAACUAAUCACGGUGUUGUUAGCCUAGCUAUAAUGCCAAUCAAGGUAAGACUCUGUAGUUUCAUUCAAUUUCGAGGAGCAAGGGGUGAUUCUAGGGGCUUAAUACAUUUUGUUGAGUGUUGCGAUGAAUUUUUCAAGAUAGAGAUGGUUUACAAUGAAAGGGGAUUUGAGAAGGUAGUAGUCUCAAUAUUAGUGAUGAAGUUGGAUUUCUGUUCGAUGCAAUGGAAGGUGGUGAAUAGUCUCCGUAAUCGUGUUCUGUUUGUUGGCAGCAAGACAGCUUAUUGCUUCAUUUCUGAGUUGGGACUCACCAGAGGUUGUUUGUAUUACACUCUUCCUGAAGAUCAUGGGUUGUACAAAUUUGACGUAGAAAACGCCACUGACUCUGUUAUCUUGCCGUGUCCAGAGAUACCAACACCAGGGUUGUCGUCAUAUUGGAUCACGUUACCGAAUGGUCUGGGAAGAAAGGAAGGUAUGUCAGGUAAAGAUGAAGGGGGUUACCUGACAAGGACGAUUAGUUAUUAUGGGACAGAGAAUAAGAAUGAGGAUGCAAGUCGGGGUGAGAAACACAAUCGCCGGCAACUAGAAGAAGGAAAGCCUUGGUGUAUCCUUAACAGUGACAUGGUGGAGUUGAUAGCAAGUUAUCUUCAUCCAGUGGACUACGUGCAUUUUCGUUCGAUCAAUAAAGCGAAUCAAGAGGUAAUGCCUGCAGUAAAAUCUAGGUUCAUUCUUACUACUCAAACCUUUGAAACGGAAUAUUUAUGUCCAUGGUUGGUGUUCACUAGGGAUAACAACUCUAGCAUCUAUAAUUUUGUAAACUUGAUGCAUAAUAAUGAGAACUACCUAAUAAAGUUCUCGGAAUUGCUACUAGGUGCCACAAUCCGUUAUCAAAAGGGUGGUUGGCUGCUGAUGUCGAGAGAGAUAGAGUUAUUCUUUUACAAUCCUUUCACUAAGGAGACAAUCCAACUAGCCGAUUUUCCAGGGUGUCAUUACUUGUCAGACAUCUCUUUCACCUCUUUACCGACUGCUCCAGACUGUACAGUUUUCGGCAUUGAUAAAAGUGGCUUUAGUAUAUCUAUCACCAUCUACUCGAUUAGAAGAGGAGAACAGCAAUGGGAAGUUGUUAGCUUCGAAGAUUCUGAUGUUGAAAAAUAUUCGCCCUCACGAAAUACUCUGACUUUGUUCGAUGGGGUCUUCUAUUCCGUGGGUUAUGAUGGAACUUUAAAUAAACUUAGCGUAUCGUUUGAUACAUUUGAAUUUCUUGAGAAACCUCAGGAGAUUUUUAAUGACUCGUAUCCAAGUUUCUUGGUGAAGUGUGGAGAAGAUCUUGUGCUAGUAAAAUUAUGUCCCAAAAUGUUAGUUAGAAUCUUUAGAAUGGAUUUCUCUAGAAUGGAAUGGGUUAAAGUUGAAAGUUUGGGAAAGCAUAUGCUGUUCAUUAGCAACAUCACUUGUUUCUCAGCUAUCGCUCCAAAUAGUCAGAUGGAGAACAAAGUAUAUUUCCCUAGAUUAUAUCUGGAUGGUGAAGGGAUUUUAUGCUAUUCACUUGAAACAGGAAGUUAUCGUUCUUUUGGUGGUACCUCUCAGCAUUCCUCUAAUAACAUAUAUGGCACUAAGGGAUGGCUUUCAAACUGCAGUUGGAUUCAGCCUAAUUGGUCGAAGUCCACUGCUCAAGAGCUCGACUGGCUGAACUCUCUUACUUAAACCUGAUUGAGAUAUCAGUGGGACACCAUUUUUCAGAAAAGAUGGCAAGGAGAUUCCUGUGUUGUCAUUUAUUGAUGACGAUCCUCUGGCUAUAUUCUUGUCAACGUAAUUUAGUGUAUCCUAUCACUUAGCGGGAUCCUAUUACUCUGGCACCAUGUAUCUAAAAUAGAGUCCUAAAUUUUUGUAAUGUUGCCAAGAAAAAUCUGACACUGCGCCUCCAUUUUUGGAUAUAUUGGAAUGGCCUGAUGAUGACUAAUUCAGAGUUGUAUAGGUGUUUGUUUUUUCCUAUUCGUUAGUUUUUUUUUGGCUCUGAUUUUUGCUGUGAUCAUCUUUUGAUCCAUUUUUGUCAAUUUUGUAUUG